UCUCAAAGUCUUCUGAGUCGUUCGUUGGCUACAACAUCGUGAAGUUGAAGUCCAAAAACCAUAGCUUGCAUAUUAUUAUCUAUAAGUCUUCGAUUCAAGAGGGACAUAUAGUGUCUUGGGUGUUUUUGAAAAUCUUCAUCUUCAUCAGCUAGGGUUUCCUGGUUUUCGAGCUCUUCGAAGAUGUCAAUGGCGUCGCAAGAGCAUCUGGACAAGAUGCAGCUCCGCCAGAACUACCGUAACCUGUGGCACACCGAUCUCAUGGGCACCAUUCAGGCCGACACUCCCUAUUGUUGCCUUGCGUUUUGGUGUGGACCAUGUGUCUCAUACCUCCUCCGCAAGCGAGCUCUUUACAAUGAUAUGUCAAGGUACACCUGCUGUGCUGGGUAUCUGCCCUGUAGUGGUCGGUGUGGAGAAAGUAGGUGCCCAGAAUUUUGCCUUGCCACCGAGGUUUUCUUAUGCUUUGGAAACUCUGUUGCGUCAACCCGGUUUCUGUUGCAAGACGAGUUUAACAUACAGACAACACAAUGUGAUAAUUGCAUUAUUGGUUUCAUGUUCUGCCUUCAACAAGUUGCAUGCAUAUUUUCCAUUGUUGCAAUGAUUGUUGGAAGUCAGGAAAUUCAAGAGGCUUCUCAGAUACUGUCUUGUUUGGCUGAUAUGGUUUAUUGCACGGUUUGUGCAUGUAUGCAGACACAACACAAAAUUGAAAUGGACAAACGGGAUGGUAUGUUUGGGCCACCAUCAGUGAUGGCAGUGCCACCUUUCCAGCAAAUGUCACGCCUUGAUCAGCCAUACCCUCCUAGUGCUGGAUAUCCACCUCAACCGGCCUAUGGUUAUCCACCUCCUCAAGGUUAUCCCUCUUCUGGUUAUCAAAGGUGAUCAAUUCACUGCCUAGCGUAUUCCUUGUGAGAAAAAUCAUGUUGAAGUUACCCGUAUAACAAUCAUUGCGUAAUUGAACCAGACACUUCUGUCGUGUGUUGUUGUUUUUGUGAGAUGGGUAUAGCAACUGAUUUGUGUGUUUGCUUUUGCUUUUGCUUUUGCUUUUGCUUUUGAAUUAUAUUGAUUAUAAACAAAUAGUACUUCAAAGGUAGAUCUUUCUUGUUACCUAUUCAAUGUAUUUUCCUUCAAAUUCACAUAACAAUCAUAUAAUGCUUGCAUUUGGAUUUAUAUUUGAGUUCACAUAUAUAUACGGAUUUGCAAAAUUGGUUUUGAGAUAA